ACUGUUCAAGGAGUGUUAAAUGCUUUCGCAAGGCAGUGUGGGACUUAUUUUCUCUUUAUUUAAGACUGGAUGCACUUUGUAAAUUUCUCAAACUAAAUCAGGGUUCAAAGUCAUGGCGCUUCAUGACACAUAUUGCUGAAGAAUACAUCCAAUUGUCCUCUAUAUUACGUCCAUUUGUGCUCAGAAAAAUAGCUUCGACCCGCACUCUUUCACUCUCUGUCCCUCUUCCUGUCUCUCAUCCCCUCUUGCAGACAUACACGCAGGCUAAAGUGGUACCCUUCGGACACAUUAGAGGGAGGGUGGGGCGCCAGUAAAGAUUUCUUAAUGGGCUCUGCCAUCCUCUUGUCCAUCUGGCUUGAUGAUAAACACACAGCUGCUCAACAUUAGCCUCAUGCGCAUCAAAGCGUUCAACAUUUUCAUUCUUCUUUCAUUUUUUUUCACCCCCCCAAGUUUUGCAACAGACCAAAAAUUUGGAACAGAAGAGGGAGAAUAAACACAUGGACUAAAAAUGACUGGCAUUGUUUCAGCACUAAUGGAAAUGGAAGUGAUGGAGACCAAACAGUGAGAUUUGGAAGGACUCGUCUCGUCGGGGUUUCUUGUAAAUCGCUCGGAUCUCUGGUCUUUGUCAGAGUGCAUAGAGGGAUCACGCUCUGUGCUACUGUUUACAUGUGAAUGACACCAUCCAGCCAGCCCCAGCCAAGCAGAGAGCUCAGAGACAGGUUGCAGUCCUGCGGGGAGAUGCCUUCCCUGCACCACGGAGCAAUCUUUGUCGGAGCCUUCCUCAUUGUGACCGGGGGCUCCACAGCCUUCCUGGCCUCCUACCAGAGCCGCCUGCAGGCUUUCUCGCUGUGCUGCGUAGUGCUGGGGGUGGUCAUGCUCAUCCUGGGACUCUUCUGGGCCAUGAACAGCAAAACCGUAGCGAACUACAGCCACCGGGAUUUCGACCCGGACUGUCCCCAUUACCCUUACAACGACUACUCCAACUACUCCAGCCAUGCUCUCUUCUCUCCUCAGCUGACUCGGUUCCCAGAGUCCCAGUCCGUGUUUCUGCCCAGGACGAUGGAGAGCCAGAGGAUGGCUACUCGUGGCGAAGAUUUCGACUAUCCGCCCAUGGAUUGUGGCGGGUUAAGCCCAGCACCUCGCCCUCCACCGUGGCAGGAACCCCCGCCUCCAUAUGAGGUCGCCAUCAAAACCACCUGUAGCUCUACACACCUGCGGCGUGCAUAUUCAGACACACACCUGGCAACAGAGCCCUUGUUUGGACAGUCGAGAGAGAUGAGCUUCGAGGUGUGACACGUCCUCUUCUAAAUGGGCACAAAUUUGAUGCUAGCUCCUACCGGUCGUGAUUCAUUUGAAGCCCACUUCUCUCUGGUUUACUCCAUUUACUGCAUGUUUUUCCUACGUUAAAUACGUCAAACAUGAUUAAAGCUAGUUCGAGGUAAUCUGGGCAAAAUAAAGCGUUGUAAGCCAACAUUUCAACAAUUUGCUAACAAAUACUGAGCUAGCUUAAAUAUCAUUCUUACAUUCCAAACUGAGUUCAAUAUUGUUUUUCUAGGGAUCAUUCUAGGAUGAUUUGUAACAUAAAACAUGUAUUAGAGAUAAUAUUAUUACAAAUGAAGUAUGAACUGAGAAGCAGCUACAGCAUGUUAGCCUAGCUUAGCAAAACACAGCGACGAGGUGUGUUUUAAUGAUGGCUGGGUAACAAAAGGUAACCCAUAUGGUGACAUACCUGCUGAAUUUCUUUUUUUUAUAUUUAAUCUUUUUUCGGUGAAUAUCAAUUCUGAACCCAGAAGCUUUAAUGAGCCAGGACAGUUCACUUCUAUUUGCAUGAGGCUAAAUCGUUUAAAGGGAGCAAAGCCUCAAUCAUACCACUGAGACUUUAAUGCAGCUCAAAUGAUUAAAGUAAGAAAUUACAGACCUUAA